UACGCUGGCUCCACACACUGACUGACACAGUAACCUGUGCGCUACUGUGCUCCCGCUGCUCCCCUUCCAGAAACAUUGUGAGGAAAGAAAACAAACCUGCAUGGAUGGAUCCUUUACUUUUAAACACAUUUUAGUAUCCAUAGUGAACUGAAACGUUUCGGAUUUCGCGAUUGAUCUGAAUGUUUCAGUCGCUCGCGCUGAAGCGAACGCGGAUUCCUCGCGCAGAGAAUCAAAGUCUCUCUAACGCACCGUUUAGCUGCACAAACAUGGAUGUUCUGGCCAAUUACAGUAUUUUUCAAGAACUUCAACUUGUUCAUGACACUGGCUACUUCUCCGCGAUGCCGUCUCUGGAGGAAAACUGGCAGCAGACAUGUUUGGAGUUGGAACGCUAUCUACAGACGGAACCCAAACGGCUCUCCGAUCUUUUUGACGAGGAACUAGACGGCCUACUUACCCCCUCCUUCAUGAAGGAAGAUGUGGAUGAAGACCUGUUAGACCCGCUCCUUCCCAGCCUCAACAACCCCCCCAGCCCUCCUCCUCCUCAGCUCACCCCACGCAAAGAAACCCUGUCCUCCACUUCCUCUACCGUGACCUCUCCAGACAUCACCUUAGGGGUCAACGCAGCCCAGCUGAAUGCCGUCACCUCACUAACACCUCCCUCGUCCCCGGAACUGGGCCGUCACUUAGUCAAACCCACCCACACACUCAGUGCCUCGCCCGACGGGACCCUCACGCUCAAGCUUGUGGCCCGAAAGGUGGGCUUAAGUUCUGCCAAACUUGUGGCGGCCCACCCUGUGCCGCUUUCUCCGCAGCAUGGCAGCAGCGGCGCACAGAGCGACGGAGAACAGGGCGGCCCCUGCACCGUGGGAGCUGGCGAGAUGGCAGAGAACAAGAAGAGAGUCCAUCGCUGCCAGUUCAACGGGUGUCGGAAGGUCUACACCAAGAGCUCACAUCUGAAGGCGCAUCAGAGGACACAUACAGGGGAGAAGCCGUACAAGUGCUCAUGGGAAGGCUGCGAAUGGCGGUUCGCGCGAAGCGACGAGUUGACGAGGCACUACCGCAAACAUACCGGCGCCAAGCCUUUCAAGUGCAAUCACUGCGACAGGUGUUUCUCCCGAUCCGAUCACUUGGCACUGCACAUGAAGAGGCACAUCUGAGGAGGAGGAGGUGGCAAAAUGGCGAGGUGGAGGAGGAGACGGAAGGUAGAGGGAGAGAAGGAGAGGGAUGAUGGGAAGGAGCCGGAUACCACUCAGGCCGUUCGCUCCUCCCACCAAGAGUGGCCUCCCGUAGGGGAACCGAUCAGCACGGGCUGAACUUAGACCAGGUCUUGAGGAUUGGUCGGCCACGUCUGAUCAUGAGGAUGGAAAUUCAGAGGUCUACAGAUCUGAGAAGGUGGUACGACAUUUUAUGUCACUUAAUGUGCUUCAGUAGGUAUUUGCCCAAUGCUCAAAACUUAAAAAGAUACUAUUAUUGCGUUCCAACUUCUCUGAGAAACAUUGAAAGCUUUCAUCAGUCUUACAUAGAGUAUGUCACAAACAGACAGGAUGUGUCCCAAAAUGAUCUUCUCAAAAACCUUCGGAGAACAUCGUAGCGAUAGGAUGUUAUUUCAAAGGAAUUUUUUUUUUUUUUGUUUCCCAUUUUGAGCAAGGAUUAUCUUUCCGCUUUGAUCCCGCCAAUCCACAGCCAAGAUCUAAAGUGGAACGUCCAUUCAGAGAAAUCUAGACUUCAAAGGUGAAGUGGACUCACCCAUCGCUCAAAUGUGAAUCUGAUUGGGGGCAGUGGAGGAAACACUCUUACCUUCUUCGCAGACAGAUUAAUCUCUCUUUCACGUCCCUCCCUGCCAACCAACUGCUGCGCAGCGACACUUUGAGACUUUUUAUAAAAGAAAAAAAAAAAUAAAGAAGAGAUCUUUUUGAAUGAUGACUGUGUUAUAUAAUUCAGAAGACUUCUUUUUUGCUUUUCUCCUGUGGAUGUGUACAAAAUAGAAAAAGAAAAUUACAUAAAAAUGGACCAAAAAAAAAAAAAAAAAAAAAAAACUGCCAUAUGCACAAGCGAAGAGUAGUGGAUUCUACACUGGCACAGACAGAGGUGGACUUCAUUUCUAUAGAAACGCAAACUUUUAGUGGUGAAAAAAAGAAAAGAAAAGAAAAGAAAAGCAAUGUUGUUGUUGCACACGUUUUGAGCAUUCCUCAACAUUAUUUAUGACCCAUGAAACGUUAUCCCAUAAACUUGGGUUCCUUCGGGAUUUCUAGGACUAGCAUGAAAUGAGAAAAGCACCAUGGUUUAUCUGCGGACUUCACUACAGAAUAAUGACUUCCAUCAUUCAAGGCAGAGAUUUGCAAUCACAACGUUUAGAUUCUGUAAAUGCAUCACGGUAUGUCCCGAAAAACUGUCCGGACAGACAUUUCCCAUCAGUUAUUUUAGUUUGCACGGAUGGAAGCAUCCUAAGAAAGGUGUGUGUUGUGUUUCGCUGGUCCUGCAGGUGACUUUGUGAUGUUUUUUUUUCUUUGUUUUUUUUUUCUUACACAUUACAUAUCUUGUGUUCCCGGUAAAAACAGCUGUACAGUGUGUAAAUUGUAUAGUAAAAGUGAGGUUUAAAUUACAACGUACAAUCAAGUGUGGGAUGGAAAGUGUUCCUGAAUGUAAGGUUGUUUGAUUGUGGACGGCCCUGCACUUAUGCAAUCAUUCAGACCACUGAAAGGCCUGAUCUUCUCAACAUAGAUCCCACUUUGGCUCAUGCAUGAAGAUCUACACGAAUGCUUGUUGAUGAAGGAAUAAUUCACAUCAAAUGAGAAAUCGGUCAUCGUUUACUCAACCUAAUGUCAUUCCAAACCAGUAUGACUUUCUUUCCUUGGUGGAACGCUAAAGAAUGGAAAACAGGAACGGAGGCUGUCAAACAAAAAAAAAAGACAUUGAAGGACCAUAAAAAUAGUCUAUAGUGCGACUGUAAUUCAAGACUUGUGCGAAACGGACCAAAAUUUACUCGUUAUUCAAGUCUUACUUUUUUGCGGUAGCUCUUGAAUCUCAUUCUCACUUCCAUAUUUUCAAAAUGACAAAUAAGACAUGGAAAAAGCUUGGGUUUUAGGACAAAAGUAUCUUCGCGCACCUAUAAUACGUAAGAUUUCAGAUUUCAUUGAAGCUGCUUUUAUGUUAUAUAUGAAAAUGAUAGUCGAACACCAAUAGCCUCACAGUGACUCGAGUUUGAUUCCCAAUCCCGAUUCCCAAUAUUUUCCUGUCAUAAGUCAUACAGCUUUGGACCAACAUGAAGGUCAAUAAAUAACAAUUUCAUGUGAACUAUUGCUUUUCCAACAACCUGAUUAAGCGGUUUUGUGUUCAUUUGUGUGAUUAAACUGAGAGGCCGAGAUCUGAAGAUGUAUAAAAUGAGCACAAACAACAUAGAUUUGCUUUAUUUUUUAACCACCGCACUGUAUAUAAACAUCAAGAUGCCGAUUCAAAGACUUAUAAACCCCUGAGAUCAAUGCAUAAACGGAACCAAAAUUAAAUUUUAGACAGCAUACACAUUAGCAUUUUUAUUGCAUAUCAUGACCUUUAUUAACCAUAUCUACAGAUCAUAAAAAGCACCAUCUGGAUCAUAUCACCCAAAAAUAGGUGAUGGACAAGGAUAUUCAUGUCUUGCUCAAGCCGUCUGUCAGUUUUUUGCCCUUCUCACUCACUUGUCUAACAUGGACCAACGGGAGGCCCGUCUGACAGAAUGGCAGUAUGGGUAAUGAGAAAGGAAUUGGGCUCUCCCGGCUGCGGCCAGCGCUGGUCGCCCUCUCAAUGGGGCGGAACGGAGUAGGACCACACUGGGGGUCGGACGCCACACUUAUGCUGACCGGGAGAUCUUAUCGCAACCGCCCGACACAGUCAAUUUCACCAUGUAGCCGGGUGUCAGCUUACCUCCUUCCCUAGCCACAUUAGCUCCAUGAAAAAUAACAAAGACACAAGGUCACCGGAAUCCAGAGCAGAGCCGCGUGCAUCCGAUGUCCUCAAGAGACCAUCGCACGGGCCGCUUUUCCAGCUGAAAUCUAGUGCAUGAUAUCUGCUUUUCAUAGAGGAUUCAAGACUGCAACCUGAAAUGUUACAAUUUAUCUGUAGUUCAGAAAACAUGAUCGUGGGCUAUGCAGACUAGGAAGCGAAGCUUCAUGUUGUCCCACAUUUUUGGGCAAAACAAUCCAAUGUCAAGUCUCGAAAACUAUUAGUAGAUCAAUCCUGUUGAUCAUGUAUGCAAGAUAAUAAUUUCAGUUUGACAAAGACUUAGAUUUGAUAUUGGUGCACACAAUAGUAUUUGUUUUAGGGUCUAUGGCGAGAAGGAUAAACUCCAUACGAUAAAUAACAUCACAAACACGUUUCAUAUUUCACCUCGAAAAACGAAAGAGAUAAUACUGAGAUUAAAUGAGGCGUUUAUUCUGCAGUGUGACAUUAUUACCCAAUUCUCAUUUAAAGUUGCAGUUCUUAACUUUGUUUUGGUUCAAAAUGAUGCUAAAUCAGUUAUUGGGCAAGUAACCAGCCAGUGUUGAAAACUUUCCUUAGCGAUCUCCUUAACUUAGCUUGAUUUAUUGGUAAUAAACAAUAGUCAAGCGAAAUAUUUAACAUGUUGAUAACAAAGUAUAUGAAUAACCAGUAUAUAUGAAUAAACAGAACAAAAGCGGCAGACAUGUCCAGUGAAAAUUAACAUUUGGUUCAUACGGUGUAUAUUGAUAGUCACAUACAAAGAGGCAAAACUUAUGGACUGCAGCUUUAACUGUAAUAUAUUUAAUAAAUAAUGUAAAAUUGUACAACUAUACAUGUAAUGUAACUAUAUAUGUAAUCGUAUAACAAUAUAUGUAUAUGUUCAUAAACAAUACUGUCAUGAUAAUAUUGUCACGAUGCAAAAUAAUGUUAAUUGGCAGUUUUAGGUGAAAUAUGACGUAGGCAUUUCUCGUCAGGCUUUGUGAGGACAGUGUUCACAUCACAAGUCUUGUGCUGAAAUUCUCACGGAGCUUGUCAAGUUAUUGCAUUCUAUGAAUCAAGAUAUAUGAUGUUCACUAGUAGUUUUCCCAGUGGACAUUUGACCAUUUGUUCACUUUAAGUGCACCUUUUUCUUAAAACCCUUCUUUAACAUCCUCCAGCCGGACCAAUUAGGCAUGUUACCUUGGCAAAAACUAGCUAAUGAGUUCGUCUUAAUGGUCCUGAGAAACCCCACAGAGCAGCUCGUUGUCUGCUUUUUAGGGCUUGUUUUAUGUGCGCCGUCUUUAGUUUCUCUCGAGUGUGUAUAAACCUUGUAUGUUACCCACUUAAACGGCUUUUAAAUCGCACAGACAACUAACUGACCUUUUUGCUGUGGGACAAUGCAAUGAUUUGUAAUUACCGAUGCACACUUGCAGGUACGUUUUUUUACAUUCGGCAAUGAAACGGUUCCAUCUUAAAGAUCUGGCAUGAGCUGAGACACCACUAAACAUGCAGGGAACACUGAAUUAGGAGUUCGAAUGCAUUUCAUAAUUCGUGACGUUAUGAUUAGUCCGCUUUAGAGGUCUGUACAUGUUAUAGUUAUGUUUUUGGAUUGACGCAUUAGUCUAUACGUUCACGUUAGCAGCUGGUCUCCAUUCGCUCACUAGACAUCUGAAGCAUUGUUUCCUUUGUACCCUUCUAUUGCUCAAAACGCUGUGCUAAAAGCUUUCAAAUGGACGGUAUGAAGCCGAUAAACAGAGUGAUUUCCAAUGUUCGUUGCACUCGUAGCAUAGUUUUCUGGUUAAAGGCUUUUUUCCACACUUCCUGCUGUAAAUUAAAUCUGUUCCGAUCCCUCUGCUUUUCGCAGGCAUUUCAUGCUUUCCACUCUGCUCCUAUAUUUAUGCCGUUUUUUAUUUUUGUUUUAUUUGCUGUAAAAAGUGUUUGCAUAUAUUAUUUGUAUUAUAUGAUGUUAGUAUGACAAUGUUCUUUAUUAAGGAAAAAGGAAAAGAGUUUAUUUUUGUUACCGGUUUGUUUCAUAAUUCUUUUUUAAAUUGGUAUUGUAAUAUAUCUAUGCAAGAACUGUUAAGUGAAGCAUUUUUAUUUAAGAAUGUCAUUAUGUGUAAUAAAUGGUAGAAUCUUA